AUGGCAUUUUACGAGGAGACACGCAGCUACACAGCUUUUUCAUUAGCUGUUGAUGAAAGCACAGAUAACACAGACACAGCGCAGUUAUCAAUUUUUAUUAGAGGCGUAAAGUCGGACCUCUCUAUCACUGAGGAGCUGUUGGAUGUGGCUGCAAUGCAUGGGACUACGACGGGACAGGACAUUUUUGGUGCGGUGGAGAAGUCCGUAAGUAAAAAUGCAUUGCAGUGGGAAAACUUGGUAGGAUUAACUACAGACGGUGCACCGGCAAUGUGUGGAGGAAAAGUGGGCUUGGUUGGACUAAUGAAGGGGAAAAUGCAAAAAAUUAACUGUAAAACGCCUCUGAUAACAUAUCAUUGCAUUAUCCAUCAAGAAGCUUUGUGUGGGAAGGUGCUGAGGAUGGAGGACAUUGUGACCACAGUCAUGAAAACAGUGAACUUCAUUCAGGCGCGUGGCCUGAAUCACCGUCAGUUCCAGCAGUUUUUGCUGGAGAUGGGCUCGGAACACGGGGAUGUGCUGUACCAUACAGAAGUGCGGUGGCUGAGUAGGAGCAAAGUCCUCAAGCGAUUUUUUGAGCUCAGGGAAGACAUUGCUCUUUUUAUGCAGCGUAAAGGAAAACUCAUGUCUGAACUAUCAGAUCCAAAGUGGAUGUGUGACUUUGCUGUGUUGUGUGACAUAACCGACCAUCUCGCCCAGCUGAAUCAGAAGCUGCAGGGACGCAAACAAGUCAUCACGCAGAUGUCCGACACGAUCACGGCUUUCCAGCGUAAAUUGGACUUAUGGAUGUGGCAAGUAAAACAGGACAAUCUUGUCCACUUUCCUGUUUGUCAGAGCAUGUCAGCCUCAUUUCCCGAGACUUUUUCAUGUACUCAGUUGGCUACCAAACUGAGCUGGUUAAAGACUGAGUUUGAUCGGCGCUUCUCUGACUUCAGAGCACAACAGUCUGGCUUUGACAUCUUUGCCAAUCCUUUCAUGACUGAUAUCUGCACUGCACCUCAACACCUUCAGAUGGAGCUAAUUGAGCUUCAAAGAGACAGGAUGCUGCAAUAGGACUUUUACCGUCUGCUGCCCCCUGGUUUGAUGCCACAGCUUCGACUUCAUGCUGCCUGUGUGCUGUCCAUGUUUGGGAGCACCUAUCUGUGCGAACAGUUUUUUUCCAUAAUGAAUCUGAACAAAAAGAAGCACAGAUCACGCCUCACGGAUGACAACCUCCAUGCUGUUCUACGCAUUGCCUCAGCACAGGACCUAAAACCAGACAUUGACACACUGGCAACAGGAAAACGGUGUCAGAAAUCUGGUCAGAAAACACACAGGUAA